GGGCUCGCUCAGAAGUUGCGCGAAAAAGCUCCUCUGAUGACCGAGACAUACGUCGCAUACGGUGCAACACGAGAACUCAUCAAGGAAUGUGUCAGGCCCGGCGAAUACAAGAUUCCCCAGGCGCUGGAGAAGAGGGGUGAGAUACCUACAGACGAGAACGGGGUACACCUGGGAGAGGCCGAAGGAUGGUGGUACGAAACCCUCGGUCUGAAGCCGACCUUCUUCAAUUGGGCGCAAAUCACCUUUAUCCACAUGUACAUGCUCCAGGUCCGCUUCCGAAUGUUCCCGCAAUCGCACGCUCCGGUCUGGAUCCAGCACCUCACAAAUCAGGCCUUCUACGCCGCCGAAGACCGUCUCGUUGUAUGGCACAAGUUCACUGCCAACUCGCUCCGCCAGAAGCAUCUCAAGGACAUGUUCUCACAAUGGCGGGGUGUGCUUCUAUCGUACGACGAGGGUCUCAUGAAGGGUGACGCUAUGCUUGCGGCUGCUAUCUGGAGGAAUCUGAUGGGUGCUCAGGAGGAUGUCGACUUUGAAAAACUGGCGCAGAUUGUAGGAUACAUGAGGAGGGAGCUCAAGAGGUUGGAUAACGCAACGGAUGAUGAGGUUGCGAACGGGCAGUGGAAAUUCCGGGGCAACCCAGGAGACGAGACGGGUAUCGUUAAGGCUCCUAGUAGGAUGAUGACCAGUGGAGUUGUCAAGGUUUAG